ACAUUUUGUUGUUUCUGAUCUUUUCAAACGGCCGGUCUGAGUGCGUUGUGUUGUGUAAGUGGUCGCGUGGCUGCUUAAGGUAAGACAAUUUUGCACUUUAGCUUUCAUUUCUUCCUAUUUCAAGUAGUUUCAUCUUAUAUCUUUUAUUUUCAUGUUCAUGUCGUAUUUCACUUUUUUCGUCUGUCAAUAUGUUUCAUUUCAAUUCUAGGUUAUUUCAUGGAUUUUUGGCUUAAGGGGUAGUUCAUUUUGUUUUUAUUGUUUAGUCUGUUCAUUCAUGACAUUUAUACAUAUCGAACGAAAAUGGAGGUUUUGUGUUUGUUAUCCAGUAAUUGCAUUUAGCUCACGACAAACUGGCACACUGCUCCUGAUUCUCUGCUCCUUUACGACUCAUUACCAGGUGGCUAAUCAGAGUCUCAACACCUAUCGCAAACCCUUCCCGCCUUUGCUCCGAGUGGAUCCCACCCGUACCUGGAGUCACCAUGGCAGGCAAAGCUAACCAAGAGUAUUUGGCCCAAUUGGCUCAAGUAGCCCACGACAUGAGCCAAUCCUUCAAGGAACAAACUGAAUCUCGACUUCGAUGCCAAUCUGAUUUGGUGGAAAAAUUGGGUGACAAACUGGCCAAUAAAUCUGUCCCUGUUUCGAAUAUCGCCUCUUCCCCCCCUCCCAAUCAAUCCAUCAAUGGUAUGACCAGCUCGAUGCCCUCGACUUCUUUCCAAUCUCCGGAUUCGUCACAUCCGCUAGUGACACCUCCAAAUCUCCUCAAUCCCGCCGCUACGUCCGGGUUUUCUGCUCAUUCACAUCCUCUUGGUCACUUCAUUGGAGACACCAGCUCUGGUGUAACUGCCAGGGAUCCAGCCAUUCCUCUUUUAUACCUCUACAUCUAGCCCUAGAUUAGUGGUCACUGCUUUCGUCUACCUUCCAAUCAUACGUCGAUUGGUUUGCUUUGCUAUCCGCAUUGGUUUUAGAAUUUUAGUGCUCAUCGUAUCACUGAUACCUGCAAUGUAAAUCUUACAUUCCUUUAAAGUUCAUGUUUCCUCUCCACUUUUUUUCCCUCCACCUUAUUUAUUGUUUUCCAUUCAGAUAUUGUUGCACGGUUAGCCUCUCGUCGAACGGAAUUGAUCAAACUGUCUGAAGGCCUUAACAAACGUACAUUUAGUCUUUGUGAUGUCAUUAAAAGUAGUGCUCUUAUUGGGUAUGUUUUGGACAAAAUCAUUCCUUUUCUCAACUCACCCCUGCUUUCGGGUUCUCUCAAGGAGAUUUGAUCCCUCCUCGGUAUUCCAAUUGGUCAAGAUUUGACUCCUUAGUAAGAUAUCUGUACAUGUCGAUAACCCAACCUCCUGCAUGUGCAAGCUGAUCUUUUCUUUUUCCCAUUUUAUCUGGUGAUUACCGUUUCU